GUCCAUUCAGUGCCUGUGCCCCUCCUCCUCUUCCUAUGGAGAGGGUUUCGCUGCACUGCCCGUGUAGUCACCGUCGUCAGAUUCAAAACCAACUUAUGUUAUAGGGGCAUUCCUGCACUUGAGUGGAACUGGGAAUUUAGUGCGUCUGCUAUGUUACCAAAUCUGGACACUGAAUCCAACUUUUUAUACAUACAGCAAUCGGAAUCAAAGCAAAUGUUGCUACAGAAUCCCAAAGUUAAGAUGGAGUUCCCGUUUGAAGCUGCCUAUGAGGAACUGUGUCCGAUUUGUGGGGAUAAAGUUUCGGGAUAUCACUAUGGUCUUCUGACUUGCGAAAGUUGUAAGGGGUUUUUUAAACGCACAGUUCAAAAUAACAAACGCUACACCUGUGUGGAAAACCAGAGCUGUCAAAUCAACAAAACUCAGAGGAAACGGUGCCCUUACUGUCGGUUCCAAAAAUGCUUGACUGUUGGAAUGAAGCUGGAAGCUGUACGAGCAGAUCGCAUGAGAGGUGGUCGGAAUAAGUUUGGGCCCCUGUACAAACAGGACAGGGCGCUGAAACAGCAAAAGAAGGCCCUCAUUCACAGCAAUGGAAUCAAACUGGAUCCUGCCUCCUACAUGCUGCAGAGCUUACCAAAGGACCUCAGCUCCCCCGUCGCCAGCGAGAGCCUCCACUCUCCAUCCAAGUGCCUUUCCUUGAGCUACAACAGCCUGUCAUCAGCAGCAGGAGAUUACGAGAACGGUGCAGCCAGCACUUUGCCAGUCAACGUGCCCUUCGCCCCUGGCGCCAUGCCAGGCUACCACCUGUGCAGCCCCUUCCCGGGCUGUCACGUUAAGUCAGAACACAUGGACCCCAGAUAUGCGGGCUCACCGGAGCCGUUGCUCAGCAGCCCGUACCUAGAGACCUACAGGCCCAGUCAAUCGGCAGCUGUGCCCCAGCUGAUUCAGGAGUUGGUGAAGUGUGAACCAGAUGAGGAACAGGUCCAGGCAAAGAUCUUAAGCUACCUCCAGCAAGAGCAGACUGCGAGGGGGAAGCACGAGAGGCUCAAUACAUUUGGAAUCAUGUGCAAACUGGCUGACCAAACCUUGUUCUCGUUGGUGGAAUGGGCCAGGAGUAGUAUGUACUUCAAGGAGCUGAAGGUAGAUGACCAGAUGAAACUUCUCCAGAACUGCUGGAGCGAACUUCUGGUCAUGGACCACAUCUAUCGGCAAGUGGCCCAUGGGAAGGAGUCAAGUGUCCUCCUGGUGACGGGGCAACAGAUUGAUCUGUCAACCAUCACUUCCCAAUCAGGAGCCAUGCUGAAUAACCUGGUGACCCGCACGCAGGAGCUGGUCACUAAACUUCGCUCUCUGCAGACUGACCGGCAUGAGUUUGUCUGCCUGAAGUUCUUGGUACUCUUCAGCCCUGACGUGAAGAACCUGGAAAACCGGCCCUUUGUCGAGACCAUUCAGGAGAAGGUGAACAGGGCUCUGAUGGACUACACAAUGUGCUUCCCACAGCAAGCUGACCAGUUUGGACAACUACUCCUCAGGCUCCCUGAAAUACGAGCCAUCAGCAUGCAAGCUGAAGAAUACCUCUACCUCAAGCAUUUGAAUGGAGAUGUCCCUUGUAACAAUCUGCUGAUUGAAAUGCUUCACGCUAAGCACGUCUAAUGUGGGAAAACAUGAAUCUUACACAAGAGGGAGCCACUUCCUGAGGAUUUUUUUUCAGAUUCAAGAUCCUCUGAUAGAGGGUGGAGUAUAUCAAAUGAGUUUAGCGCACUUACAACCAGAGAGAAAGGAAAAGCCAAGCUCUCCAAAAAACAUUUUCUUGAAUGGAUUACACUUUCCUCUGGGGCCCAUUUUUCAUUUAACCAAGUGCCCCAGGUGUGACUGAGAAUGGGACACAAUGGAAAAUGUGAUCCACACUUGUUGCACAGUUUCAUGUCCAGUCGAUGUUGUUCAAUCACCUCUCAAAGGAUAUCCAAGUCAAAAGCAAGCUAGUUGCAGCUUUGUAAGUAGCUGGCAGAACGAUGCUGCCUUUGACACACAUAAAGGUGGCAAUAAGCAGAGGUGGAAGAAAUGAGGGGUUAUAAUUCCACAUUUCUGCUUUGUUGCAAUCCCCUUUGUUGCAUCCCAUGAGUAAGGAUGGGGCACAGAAGCAAAUGUGGUGCCGAAGCGACAAAGGUCAGCCCUCGAGCAUCAAAGAUGAUGGCCUGUACGCCAGCCUCCUUCAUCAACAGGGGGUUAAGUCGCCGUUGCUGGCUGCUGCUUGUCAACCCAACAAAACGCCAACUCUUAGACCCGAGACUUUUGUCGUCCCAACCCAGAAAGUACAGCUCUACAUGGAGCAAGCUAAUGGACCAGUCCUGGUCUCAUUCUCAUGGAGCUGCCAGACAUGCUUUGAUGGAGAAGAGUACCGAGCUGAUCAGAUGUCUUGUGGCACUUGCUAUCCCAGGACAGAACGGACUUACAGAGGUGACACUGUGGUGUCUGUCAGAGGUAAUGCUGAAGAAGGAGGAGGAGGAAAUUAUUAGAGUUAUAGAGUCAGACAGCACAGAAACAGACCUUUCAGUCCAACCAGUCCAUGCCAACCAUAAUCCCAAACUAAACUGGUCCCACCUGCCUGUGUAUGGCCCAUAUCCCUCCAAACAUUUCUUAUUCACACACUUAUCUAAAUUUCUUUUAAAUGUUGUAACUGUACCCGCAUCCAUCAAUUCCUCUGACAGUUCAUUCCACAUGGGAACCACCCUUUUAGUUAAAACACAAAACAUCCCAAUGUAUCUGGAAUCCAGUUUGGCCAACAUGAGAUAUGUGACAAAGCAGUAGCUGUAAUGAACACCAUUCAUAGUUGGAGCAAUAUCAGGACAGGAUGACAUAGCAUCUGAUUCCCACCAUUCUUGUACCUAGUCUGAAUUAGACUCCUUUGAGUCUUGCUGUCCAAAGUACAAUAUCAAAAUAAAACAUCAUAAAACUGCGGUCAGUAUGAUGCUAAACUAGUCAGCCCAAGAGAUGUAGGUGCUGUCCAUGACUCACACUGCUGUGUGGUGAGUUGGAGGCAUGAUUUAAAUGUCAGCUUUUAUCGUUCAUCCCUAAUUGCCCCGGAAAAGGGCAGAGUUAUGCUGUCUCCUUGAACCAGUGGGCCACAGGAUGGGCCCCUCAGAGGGCCACAGAGUAAGGAGCUUCAGGAUUUUGAAGGUUGUAAAGAAGGCGUAUGGUGUGUUGGCUCUCACUGGCAGGGGAAUUGAGUUUAAGAGCAGUGAGGUUAUGCUUGCAGCUCUAUAAAACUGGGGUUAGACUUGGAAUAUUGUGUUCAGCUCAGUGGAAGCUUUAGAGAGGGUACAGAAGAGAUUUACCAGGAUGCUGCCUCGACUGGUGGGGCAGGUCUGAUGAGGAAAGGUUGAGGGAGCUAGGACUUUUGUCAUUGGAGCGAAGAAGGAUGAGAGGUGACUUGGUAGAGAUUUACAAGAUGACAAAAGACACAGAUAGAGUGGAUCGUCAGAGGCAUUUUCCGAGGGUGGAAAUGACUAUUAGGAGGGGGUAUAAUUUUAAGGUGAUUGGAGGAAGAUAUAGGGGAAAAGUCAGAGGUAUGUUCUUCACGAAGAGAGUGGUGGGUGUGUAGAAUGUGCUGCCGGCAGUGGUAAUGGAGGCAGAUACUUUAGAGACUUUUAAGCGACUCUUGUAUAGGCACAUGGAGGAUAGUAAAAUGUAAGGUAUGCAGAGUAGAUUGAUCUUAGUUGGAUAAUAGGUCAGCAUAACAUCAUGGGCCGAAGGGCCUCUACUGUGCUAUACUGCUCUAUGUUCUAUGUUCUAUGAGUGGCAAUAUAUUUCCACGUCAGUAUGUUGAGUGGUGUGGAGGGGAACUUGCAGGCUGUAAUGGCCCCAUGAAGCUGCUACCCUUGUCCAUCCAGUCGAUAAGAGUCUUCUCUUACUGUCCCCAGAAGCAUGAUACAAUCAUCCCGUAAAAUAAAGCAAAGAACUGCAGACGCUGGUGAUCCAAAACAAAACUAGAAAUUGCUGGAGAAAUGCAGCAGGCCUGGCGGCAUUGUUGGGAAGAAAGCAGAGUUAACAUUUCGAGCCCGGGAUUCGAAACGUUAACUUUGCGGUCUCUCCACUGAUGCCGCCAGACCUACCGAAUUUAGCCAGCUAUUUCCGUCUUUGUGCGUAAAAACGUGCCUGCAACAAAUCACAAUCAUCGAUUUCAAAGUGUUCGCUGUGUAAGAAGACAACAAGGAUCAAAGCAAACAUUUCCCCUUUUCUUUUGGCCAUACUUUUACAUCUGCACGUAACAAGUCUCUCUCAACUAAACCCAGAUUUACAUUUCUCAUGUUUAAUAAGCCUCAGAAUUUACACCCCUGGCAGCAGCAGCAUUUGGUUUAAAAAUAAACACCAGGUGAGGUCUCCCACUUGGGAUUGAGAUGAGGAGGAACCUCUUCAGUUGGGCAGUGGUGAAUCCUUGGAAUUUUCUACUCCAGAACACUCAGUCGUUGAGAAUGUCCAAGGCAGAGAUUGAUAGAUUUCUAGAUAUUUAAGACAUUAAGAAGAUAUGGUGAUGGUACAGGAAAACGGCAUUGAGUUACAAGAUUAGGCCAGAAAUGAGUAGGAAUUCCCACUCUCUGAGGGUCAUGAAUCUGAAGAAUUCUUUAUUGCAGAGGCCUAUCAAGUUUGGGCCAUUAAGUUUAUUGAAGCCUGAAAUGAAUGGAUUUUUCAUCGCUAAGGGAAUCAAAGAUUAUGGGGGAAAGAAGGAAAGUGGGCUUGAGGAUUGUCAGAUCAGUUCCCCUGUACCUUCCUCCAAUCACCUUAAAAUUAUGCCCCCUCGUAAUAGUCAUUUCUGCCCUGGGAAAAAGUCUCUGACUGUCUACUCUAUGUAUGCCUCUCAUCAUCUCUAUGAAGGGCCUACUUCUGCUCCUGUCUCUUAUGGUCUAAUCAGCACUGACCCAGUUGAAUGGCAGGGCAGGUUCAAGGAGCCAAAUGGCCUCCCCUGCUUCAAUGCCCCAUCCUCUUUUGCUGCUGUUUAGUUUGUCAAUUAAUGCUUUAUCACCCUCAGCCUGCACCUACUAACAUCCAUGAAAUUCUGGGGCCUAAAAAAUACAUUUAGGGCUCAGCGGUUAGCACUGCUACCUCACAGCGCCAGGGACCCAGGUUCAAUCCCACCCUUGGGCGACUGUCUGUGUGGAGUUUGCACAUUAAGACCAUAAGAUAUAGGAGCAGAAAUUCUGCCAUUCAGCCCAUCGAGUCUGCUCCACCAUUCAGUCAUGGUUGAUACAUUUCUCAACCCCACUUUCUCCCCAUUAACCUUGAUCCCCUUGAUAAUCAUUCUCCCCAUGUCUGCGUGGGUCUCCUCCACACAUUCCAAAGAUGUGGAGCUGAGGUGGCUUGGCUAUUGGAAAUUCUCUGUGGCAUCCAGGGAUAUUUGGAUGAGACAUGGGGAAAUGCAAGGGUAGGGGAAUGAGUCAGGGUGAGAUGUUCUUUGGAGGGCUGGUAUGGACUUGUUGGGCUGAAUGGCCUGUUUCCCCACUGUAGGGAUUCCAUGAUUCUAUGAUCGUAGUUGUACAACAAAACAAGGUGCAUCGAAAUUGCUUGCAGCACAACCUGUCCAUCGUUAACUGCCACAAUGGAACAACAGGGAAACUGUUCACGUUCACAUAAAACUGGCAUUGGAAAUUGCCGGCCCAUUUUUACAGAAAAUGGGAAAGUCUUUCCCUAACAAAGUCUUCACACUCAUUGGGAGCAAUGCCACAGGAGGUGGACAUCACAAAGGAUGCCAGGAUACAGCAUUCCGGCCCGGGAUCGCACUUAGUAAGAAUCGAGGUUGGUAAGUGAUGGAAGGGAGCACUGUGCUUUUCUGAUUCACGGGGGAGAGGAUCAUCGAAUCCUUGUAAAACACGUUGAGGCAGCAAGUUCCCCCUCCCCUGCCCUUUUCCCAGUUUGCCUGGCAAUCUCCUCAAUGAUCCAGUGGAUCUCCUUUCAGGGCCAAAACUGAACAUGUCUCCUGCCACCAUCACAGACAUCCAUUCUGGAUCCCGGCCACUCACUGUGCAAAAAAUGUCGUCUGUCAUGUCCCCUCUGGCUUUCUCGCUGCCCACUCUCUACUUCACAACCGCGCCAUCUGUGGGAGCAGUUUCACUCUAUCGAUUGUGGUCCAGAGCUCUCCUGAUUACGGAUGCCCUCCACCAUAUCUUCUCUGGACAUACAAAUGGGACAAGAGUGGGCCGCUUGUUUAACAAAAGAGAUCGAGUUGAUGAGGAUGGUAUUGACUGGGGCCUAGAAGAACGAGGGAGGAAUCUCAUCGAAACCUGUAAAAUUCCGACAGGACUAGACAAGGAUGGAUCCAGGAUGAUUCCGAUGGUGGGGGCGUCUAAAAUCUGAGGCCAUAGUUUAAUGAUAAGGGGUAGUGCUUUUGACAGCGAGAUGAGAAAUUUUCUUCAAACAUAAAGUGGCGAACCUGUGGAAUUCGCUCCCACAAAAAGUGAUUGAGGCCAAAACAUUAUGCGUUUUCAAGAAGGAGUUCUUGUGGCUAAAGGGAUCAAGAGUUAUGGAGGGAGGGCAGGAUUAGGGUAUUGAGCUCGAUGAUCAGUAAUGAUCAUAUUGAAGGGAGGUUGAUGGGUUGAAUGGCCUACUUCUGCUCUAAUGUUUCCAGCCUCCUGGCCUUUGAGCCCAUUCUGCCAUCCAGUGGCUGACCUUAUUUUAACCUCAACUCAACAUUCCUGCACAAUCUCCGAUGAUCAGUCACCCUCUUGGGAAUUAAUACAUUCUCUCUCCGCUCAGGGGCCUGGCCCUAUCGCCAAUCUAUCCCCAUCACUUCUCGAAGCAUCAAUCCCAAUACUGGUUGACAGCCACCACUGGAGGCAGCUCCCCGCCCCUCCCCCCAUGUUUCCUCUAAUGUCCCAGUAAUGUGCCCGAUGCUCGACAGAGACCUACAACCCAGAAAGCGCCCCCCCCACCCAAAGUGCUACCCAGCUCCGAUAAAAAAGCUGGCCUCAGGUCGAGCAACAAUGGAACAACAGAAGGGAAAUGUUAACAAAGUGACCUCCUUUUCUUGCUUUCAGCCCAGUGACUACAGGAAAGCACACAGCUAAUAAAAUUCGAGUUGCAGACAGGAUUAAGCCAGGCACCUUCCAAUGGCUCCACGGUCGAAUAGCAUGCUGCUGCACCACACAGCUGACCAAGGGGCAAAGGGUUCCUGGCAUCUGUAGAGCUUCAUCAGGCGAACAGAGGCAAGCUGCAUGACUGAAGAAGCAAACAUGGUGCUCAGGAGGUGACUGUGUUCAGUUGACGAUAGCUUUCUCUGCGCACUUCCAAGCACGGUAUUUGACUGAAACCGUAUCAGGGCUGUGGAGGAAUAUAGAAUUGAGGUCAAAACCAGAUCAGCCAUGUUCUUAUUGAGGGGAGGAGCAGGUUUGAAGGGCUGAGUGGUCUCUCCUUUUUCCUCUCCUGUAUUUCUUUUAGCUCUACAACACCGGCUGACUAUGGCUGACUCCCUAAGACACUGAGAAGACUUAGGUGGACGAGAAACUUCCUGGCUUUGUGCACAAUGAACCGCAGCUGGAGAGUGAGCCCAGGGAACCUGCUCAGCUCAAUGUCCUCUGUCAGAUCACCUCCUUAGGCUCACUGCAUCAGUCUCCCACCCAGGAGUAAGCUGCUACAGGUCAGCUCAAGAGCUCUGGACUGACCAAUGUCUCACGAGAUGUAUGCAAGGACAGAAUUAAAACCCUGAAUACUUCUGCAGUGUCAGCUGAACAAACAGGUUGUUUCUUAUUCUGAAGCAGAGCUCUCGGGCGCUUGAAGAAGUCUCUCGGCUAGAGUGUCAGUACAGAUGAAAAUCUGACUUGCUCCAAUAAUUUUAUCAAUUUACAAUAAAAUAUUUCCAACUGAAUCCCAAGGCAAACCUGAUCAUUGCAGGAUAUGGCCAUGAUGCAGCCGUUGCAAGAUUGUGACCUGUAAUUCACAUUUGUGUAAAUAAAGCAAAGUUUUACUAUUUUCAACAUGGA